AUGAAAGAGAAUGUGAUUCCCUCGAUGUUUGUCAAUAUUUGGCAUAUCGGUCGAUUGUUGAUUCAAUUUGCACUUGGUGAAUUUAGUGGGAAAACUGGAAUUGAUUAUACUCGAAAUCAUUUGAUUAUUGAACCCAUUUUCAAAACUAAAGUGAGUAGAUAUUUUCGUUUUGGAAUCUGGAAUUCCGAUUUUUCCCCACAAUUAAAUUUUAAUUUUUUUAUAGCUUUCAAAAGAUCCUGAAGACGAUGAUGAAAUAAUUUCGAGUGAAUUUGAUUGUGGAACUUUGCUCAUUGAAUUUAUUCGAUAUUUGGCGAGUCAAGCAAUGGCUUCUUCGAAACAAUUGAAUCUUCGAGUUUUUGACAAUCCAACAAUUAUUGAACCAGUUCUUUUCAAACGAACACAAUGGAUGCCGUUACAUCAUGUUAGUUUUUUUUUUGGAAAAAAAAUUGAUAUAUUUUGAUUCUUCUAGGUUGCAUACCGUACUUUCCACGCGAUUGCAGUUUCUGGAAGAUUUGAUGCGAUGCAUUUGAAUAUAGAAGAUGAGAAGAUGUUUAUUGCUGAAAGUCGAGAUCCAAUUUUGAUCAAUGAAGCGCUGUUUUUCAGCAAAAGUUAUAGCGAUGUUCCGAUUUCUAGACAUCGAGUAAUUGCAGCAUUGAAGGUAGGCAUUAUUUUCAAAAAUGAAAAUUGGUUAGCAACCUUUUUUGUUUCAGAAUUGGUCAGGAGUUCGUGAAAUUAUUCCGCGCGAAAAUUCCGGCCGAAAAUCGGAUCUUGUUUAUGUGACAUCGGUUGGAACCGUUUUAGCCCGUCAACGACUCUCUCGAUUACUUUUGCUGAGCGGUGAAACAAUUCGCGAUGCAAUUGUGAAUGAAAGAAUUCCAGUUGAAGUCAGAGACGAUUUCUUGUAA